CUCGACGUUUCUAUUUUUGUGUUGCACACAACAAGCAUCGUGAAGCCCAAAGUUUUCGCCGCCCAGCAUGUAAUGGGCCUUUAGCUGAACGUCACAUGACCAAGCGGGAAAACAGGACAGAAGUUUUCGAUGUCACCCUGCAAAUGUGAUGGAGAUUGGAUAUCCUCAUCUUUGGAAGCUGUUGAGGACAUCUUGUGUAAAACAACAAACAAUAUUGACAUUUUAUAUGCCUCCAUGUGCUUUGUGACCUGAACUGGAAGGAAGUGCUUCAUUCUGUUUACCCCAUCGCGGAAGUUGGUUGUGAAUAACUGCAAUUUUCUCAUUCCACCUGCCAAACUGCUGGUUUUUGGGACGUGAGUUGAGUCACUGCUACCAUACAGUUUUUGCUUUCAAGCCAGAGCCGGAUGUUGGCUAGUAUCUCAAAAAACCCGUAAGUAGGGUCACUUUUUUCUCAGGGCACCACUUUAGAUAAAUUCUGUGAUUGUCUGAGUGAGGUUUAGUCCCUGAAGCAGAUCCACUCGAGGAUCUUCUACAAACCAGUAAUCAUGAGUGGCUCUAAACCGGACAUCCUGUGGUCUCCGCACCACCCGGACCGCUACGUCAUCUGCGACUCUGAACUGGGCCUGUACCGUAUCGGUCCGGCGGGGGGCACUGAGCUCAAGGCCGGUACCCUGCCCCUCUCCGGAGAGACGGCCGCCACUUUGCUGGCCAUCAACUCGGACACGCCCUACAUGAAGUGCGUAGCCUGGUAUCCCAAGCAGGAGCCCGAGUGCCUGCUCGCCGUGGGCCAGGCCAACGGUAGGGUGGUACUCACCAGCCUGGGUCAGAGCCACAACUCGGCAUGCAAGGAGUUGGUGGGCAAAGAGUUUGUGCCCAAGCACGCCCGCCAGUGCAACACUCUGGCAUGGAACCCGGUGGACAGCAACCUGCUGGCGGCCGGCUUGGAUAAACACCGGGCCGACUUCUCGGUUCUCAUCUGGGACAUCAGUAGCAAGUUCUCCCCGGAGGCCAGUGUCUCUGCCGAGAAGAUCCGCCUCUCCUCCUCCGACUUGGACCCGAGCUCCGUGGUGACCAAGCCGUUGUACGACCUGGGCCAGAACGAUGCCUGUCUGUCCCUCUGCUGGCUCCUCCGGGAUCCUAAGCUCCUCUUAGCCGGCAUGCACCGCAACCUGGCCAUUUUUGACCUGAGGAACACCAGCCAGAAGACCUUCGUCAACACUAAAGCUAUCCAGGGGGUCACGGUGGACCCCCAUUUCCCUGACCGCGUUGCCUCCUUCUUUGAGGGCCAGGUGGCUAUUUGGGACCUGAGGAAGUUUGAGAAGCCCGUGCUGACCCUCACAGAGCAGCCCAAGCCUCUGACAAAGGUAGCGUGGUGCCCAACCCGGACGGGCUUGCUGGCGACCCUGACGCGCGACAGCAACAUCAUCCGUCUGUACGACAUGCAGCACACGCCAACGCCCAUCGGAGACGAGACGGAGCCCACCAUCAUCGAGCGCAGCGUGCAGCCUUGCGACGGCCUGAUCGGCACCUUCGCCUGGCACCCGUCCAGGCAGAACCGCAUGGUGGUGGUGUCGGCCGCCAACCGCGCCAUGACCGACUUCACCGUCUUCGAGCGCAUCUCGCUGGCGUGGAGCUCUAACACUUCGCUCAUGUGGGCCUGCGGACGCCACCUGUACGAGUGCGCCGAGGACGGCCCUGCGGGCGCCCAGGGGCUCUUGGAGAAGGACAUCGCCACCAAGAUGAGGCAGAGGGCGCUGUCCAGGUACGGACAUGACACAGUCCAGUUGUGGAGGAACCACCUGCUGGCGGGGGGCAACGAUUCCCGGCUCAAGUCUCUGUGGUUUGACCUCUUCUAUAUGAAGCAGUGUACUGAGGACACGGAGCUGAAGCUGCAGGGGAACAAGCAGGCUGUCAUCUACUCUGGUAUCAAGAACAUCGUCAAGACCAGCUCAGGCACUACGGAGAGCCGCAGAUGCUGGAGCGGCUCGGAGCGGCAGACGGAGGCGACCCGCUACCACAGCGAGGAGCGCGCCCUGGCGCUGCGCCUCUGCGGGUGGAUGGGCCGGGCGUCCGACGCGGACGUGGAGCCCUUCCUGCGCUCGCUGGAAACGGAGCGUGAGUGGGAGCGGGCCGCGGCCGUGGCGCUCUUCAACUUGGACAUCCGCAGAGCCAUACAGAUCCUCAACAGGGGAGCCAUGGCUGAGAAGGGCGACCUGAAUCUCAACGUGGUGGCCAUGGCGCUAUCGGGAUACACGGAGGAGAAGGCUUCGCUGUGGCGGGAGAUGUGCAGCUCGCUGAGGCUGCAGCUCAACAACCCCUACCUCUGCGUCAUGUUCGCGUUCCUCACCAGCGAGCCCGGAGCCUACGACGGCGUGCUGUAUGAAAGCAGCAUCGCGGUGCGUGACCGCGUUGCUUUUGCUUCCAUGUUCCUCAACGAUGCUCAGCUUCCUCGGUACGUUGACAAGUUGACCAGCGAGAUGAAGGAGGCGGGAAACCUGGAGGGCAUCCUGCUGACGGGUCUGACCAAGGAUGGCGUGGACCUGAUGGAGAGCUACGUGGACCGGACCGGAGACGUCCAGACGGCUAGCUUCUGCAUGCUCAAGGGUUCCCCAGGUGAGGUGCUGAAGGACCCCAGGGUUCAGUGCUGGAUCGAGAACUACCGCAAUCUGCUGGACGCGUGGAGAUUCUGGCACAAGCGGGCCGAGUUUGACAUCCAUCGAGGCAAAUUAGAUCCCAGCUCCAAACCUCUGGCCCAGGUGUUCGUUAGCUGCAACUUCUGUGGCAAGUCCAUCUCGUACAGCUGCUCCGCCAUGCCCCACCAGGGCCGCGGCUUCAGCCAGUACGGCGUGAGCGGCUCGCCCACCAAGUCCAAGGUGACCAGCUGCCCGGGAUGCCGCAAGCCCCUGCCGCGCUGCGCCCUAUGCCUCAUGAACAUGGGGACGCCCGUGUCCAGCUGCGCCGGGACAGGAAAGUCCGACGACAAGGUCGACCUGACAAGAGAGAAUAAACUGGCUCAGUUCAACAACUGGUUCACCUGGUGUCACAACUGUCGGCACGGUGGCCACGCCGGACACAUGCUGAGCUGGUUCAGGGACCACACGGAGUGCCCCGUGUCGGCGUGCACGUGUAAAUGCAUGCAGCUGGACACUACGGGCAACCUGGCACCCUCGGACAGCAGCUAGAACACGACCCACCCCUCGGGCACGCACGUCCGCUACCAAGAAGGGAAAACUCAGUAAAAUAACUGGCAAGGUCGACCUCUCAGGAGAAUGAACAAGCGUGAAAUGAGUGUCGCGCAAGUCCAGUAAAGAACUGGAAAACAAUGUGAUCAUAGGUGCCAAACUUUUUUUUUUUCUUUUCCUUUUUUGUUACAUCGUUCUAUUUAAUCAAAGGAUCUUCAAGUCCGUCAUACCUCAUCAGAGCAUUGUUUGGAAGGAAUGCAAGGAAGUUUGGGAAGUUGAGGAAAGCUGUUUGAACGCUUAUUUAAUAUCCUGGAUAUCCAUCUUAAAGUCAAUGUACUAGAUCACUUUGUCCUCACUAGUAGCACAAUUCAGCAAACAAGUAGAAUGAAUUAGUCUGAAUCUUAUUACUAAUGAUUUCCCCCCACUACAUAUGCUAUUUUUGGCAAACUACUACGUAGUUAGACCUUACUAGUAAACUAUGGCAAGCGGUUUGAGAAUUUUUUUUCGAUAUCCGUAAUAUCCACUUGAAGGUCCAUGUAUUCGUUCGCUCUUUGUCCUUCCGAAUUGGACAAUUCAGAGCUCUAGUAGAACGACUGGGACACACUAGUAGGACAACUCCUACUAGAAACAUUUUCCCAGUACUAGUUCACCACGUGUGGAGUUUGCAUGUUCUCCCCGUGCCUGCGUGGGUUUUUCUCCGGGCACUCCGGUUUCCUCCCACAUCCCAAAAACAUGCAACAUUAAUCAGACACUCAAAAUUGCCCCUAGGUGUGAUUGUCAGUGCGGCUUGUUUGUCUCGAUGUGCCCUGGGAUUAGCUGGCGACCAGUUCAAGGUGUAGCCCGCCUCCUGCCCUUUCACUGCCGGGAUAGGCUCCAGCACUCCCCGUGACCCUCGUGAGGAUAAGCGGCAAAAGAAAAUGGAUCGAUGGAUGGAUAGUUCACAUUUGAACCGUACCAGAAAUCUAUAGAAAACGUCAGCAUUUAUCCAAUAUCCUUGAUGUCCUUAUUUGGGUCCAUGUAGGGUACUAGUUCAGCCUUUGUCCUCACUAGUAUGACAAUUUAGCUCACUUUCAAAAUUACUGUCUUCAUAGUAAUGUUUUUUUGUCCCCCUCUACUAGUGCCUCUUUUGGCCAACUAGUCAACAGUUAAACUUUACUGGUAAACUAUCAGAAGCCUUUUUAGCUUUUAUUGGAUAUCUUUCAUACCCAAAUUGUUUUCCAACCAUUACGCUAGUGCUUUCCUACAUAGCCUUGUUGCAUGAAUUUGAUGAUGCAUGCUGGGAUUAGAGACGAACGAUCUUCUCAGGCAGCCAGACGAGUCCAUUUGCGGUUCGUUCAAUGUCCUGAGAAUGAAAUGACGUGCAUGAAUGAGAAUAUUCAUAGGAACGUCAAUAACGUUAGAAGUGAAGCAAAACUACUAGUCCUGGAAGGUACUUGUGUUCGGCAUACAGUAUGCCUGCUAGCUAGGCCUACUACUGUUACUAAUGGUGCACAGUAGUUUACUAGUAUGGUUUAGUUGCAAACUUUUUUUUAUGGUAAUUUGUAAUCCAAGGUAUUAAUAUUUCCUGGCCAGUUGUGAGGUUAAAAGUAUUUACCCAAGUCUACUUUCCUGACUUCCUUAGUAAAACUGUAAGUAAGAGCGUGUACAAGUACAUGGACCUUAAAACGAAUAUCAAGGACAUCAAAUAAAUGCUUUUUAUGGAAAAUUAUUUGAUUCAUAUGCUAGUAUGGUCUUUGUGCUCAUGACUAGGACAACCUUUAGUCUGUGAGGGAAAAUCCUACUAGUUGUCACUUGGGCUACUAGUACAGGUAGAUUUGGUGAAGCGCUAGAAUUUCACUAGUUGAAUUCUGUAAUGUCACGAGUCGUUGUUUUAAACUACUGUGUAGUUUUCGUUCAUGAGUUGUCCUCGUAUGCCAAAAAUGUUCUACUAAUGAGGACAAAUACUAACUAGUUCAUGGACCUUAAAUGGCUAUCAAGCAUUUUCUUUGAGCGUUUGUCAUUUUUGAAAGAUCGUAGGUGCUACUAGCAGAUCGAUAUUGGCACUAGUAUGGUUAAAAAAAAAAAAAAAAACGUAUUCAUAAGACAGUCAUUGUUUGCUAAAUUGCCCCCUACCUUUUGCCCAUUAAGUCUUAGAGCUUUGUAAGAUCCAAUACUUUGCCAUUUCAACACAAUAUGUUAUUUGAUCACAAAAAGGCUCCGGACAUUUUACUUUUUUGCCACGAAAACACAGUUUACAUUGAGCCACAAAAAAAAGCCCAUUGUGUUUUGCCUUUAAAGCACGUGUGUCAAACAUAACGGCCCGGGGGACAAAUCAGGCCUGCCACGUUGAUUUAUGUGGCCCAUAAAAGUAUCAACUUCCAUGGUUCUUCCUCACAUCUGUACUAGAAUUUUCAAUUCCCGUAUCUAGAAAAUUAUUUUAAGAUAUUGCAAGAAGGCGGUUCGGUGGAUCAGCUGGAAAGUGUUGUGCCUCACAGUUCUGAGAUCCCGGGUUCAAUCCCGGACCCGCCUGUGUGGAGUUUGUAUUUUAUCCCCGUGCCUGUGUGGGUUUUCUCCGGGCACUCCAGUUUCCUCCCAAAUCCCAAAAAGAUAUAACAUUAAUUGGACACUCGAAAUUGCCCCUAGGUGUGAUUGUGAGUGCAGCUGCUUGUCUCCAUGUGCAACCAGUCCAGGGUGUACCCUGCCUCCUGUCCCUUGUCCACAAUCUGCUUCCAUGAGCAACUUUUUUUUUUUUUGCCCCCCCCCCCCCCCCCCCCCAAAAGGAUCUUCUUAAAAGUGAUUAUUGUUGGCACUGAAGGACGGGUACCCCCAGGUGAAGCCCCACUUUCACUUCUUUUGGUAUUUUGAACAUUUUCAAGGGAGGGAUGUAGGGCGGAGGGCGGGAGGGGGUCCCCGCCCGCAUUGAGCGACCCACUCCAAGGCUCGCGCUCCCGUGAAAAGAAUCUUGCGGGAAAACAGCAGCUGCUCGGCACUCUGACAAGAAAAUUGCCCCCUUCUUGCUCCCCCCUCCCUCCGCCUCUUAAUACAGAAGCUCAGCUGCCCAUUGAGUGAAAAACACAACCCUCCAUCCUCUCUUUCUUUCACGCUCUCUCCAGUGCCCGCAUUGCCCCCCGAAACUAUGCAUCAUCGGUCCGAGGACGGACGCCGUCUGCUCGGGCAUUGUGGACCGUAUUCCCCCCACCCCCCACCCCCCUUUCCCUUCCCUGAUACCGACCCCAAAGCAGGCCAGAACUGGAUGAAUCCCUUUAGUCAUGGCCAUGCAGAUCUCUGAGGUUUUAUAUGACUGUGUGGCCUUUACCGGGGGUGCUGGCAAACUGGCGAAUGCCCAACGAACACCAAUUCGAAUGUCACAGCCUUCAUUUAUUAGACUUUGUCUUUUAAAUAAAUUUAGACACGUGACGUGUGAGUGUCUUAUCUCGGAUCAAAUGUUGUUAAACUUUUGCACAUGAGGGUUUUGACACGUGGUACAGCCCGAGACCAAAGAAAAAGCAAACGCAACAUGAUUGUGGAUAGAAACUGUAAACACUCAGACGUGAAUGAAAUUAAUAAAACUGGACUGUUAUAACUA